CCGUUUUAGUGAUAGUCUCAUUAUGUCAUUACAAGUUAUACAACAUAAGUCAUACAUUUCAUUGAGCAAUAAAAAAAUUAAGUAAUUGUACAUAAUCAGUAUGUCAUCUCUUAAAGUAUGGUCAAAAUUCUCAGUCGUUACCAAGGAAGGUACAACCAUUAAAUUACGUAUAGUAGAUAUGCCUGAAUAUCUUUAUGAAAAAGUGGUCCAGUGUUAUAUUGAUUAUUUUGUGAAAGCGGAAUCUACGAUCAAAGCUGCUGGAAUUCCAAAUAAUGAAGAAGCAAUUAACGAAAUACAUGGACCUUUAUUAAGAUCUGUAGAAUAUGAUGAUGAGGGAUAUCACAUAGUGAUCUGUUGUUUGGAUAAUGAUGAUAACCCAAUUAGAGAAAUCAUGGGAGCGUCUAUGAUGGCUCUGACAAUAAGGGGAGAAGAACCAAAGUAUAACUUCAAGACGAAAGAAAUGACGAAACUGUUCGAGAUCGUGUAUGGUUUAGAGAGUUAUUACGAUGAAGUGAAGGCUUUCGAUCUUGAACGCAGCUUCGGAGAUAGAGGACUAUUUGUAUGUCCAAGUUACACCGGUCUGGGAAUUGCAAGAGAGUUACUUAAAGUCAGGCGUAUGAUAUGCAAAGAACAGGGAAUACCCAUUAACGCAGCCUGGAUGACGUCAUACGGUACUCAGAAGGCUGCGGAGCGCGAUGGUUGGGAGACGGUGUGCGAGAUCCCCUAUGAAGAGUUGGAGAAACAAUACGGAGUCAAAUAUGAUGCUGAUGCUAAGAGUACGAAGUUUAUGAUUGCUAGAAUAAAGUAAAUGUUAUGCC